AAUUCUUCACCGCAGUUCGCAGCAAAAUCUGUUGACUCGCUAGGUAUGCGUUGAAACGUGUGCAACUCCUCCGCUUGCCAGGGGCAGUAUACGUUCGCCAUUUGUGAAUUGUUCGUGUUUGCAGCAAUAAACUGAAGUCGAAUACUUUGAUGUGAUUGUACAACAUUUGAAAAUAUUCUACAGCAAGAACUGAACCUGAUCAUAAGAGCACUCAAGGUGCAAAAGGUGUCAAAAACUAUCUCCAUAAACAAAACGAGGAUUUUUCUAUCUUAGUUUUUUAUUUGCUUUUGUGUGUUUGUGGCUGCCCAAGUCUGGGUGCGGGGUGUAAGCUGAAGCAACGUCAAAGGAAAAGAGAAAAGUUUGGUGUAUGAUACAGUGAAUUGAAAGCAAAUCGAAAAUGUGUUGCAAAAGUAUGAUAAAAGCUAGCGGCAGAUGAUGGUACGAGCGAAAGAGCAUGCUAAUGGUAGCGCACAGAAGCAACGUUACGUCCGUUACGGCGGCGUAACGGAAGAUGCGCUUUAGUUUCGCAAACAUCUUUCGACCCGUGCGUCUCUGCCGUCUACGUGUAUGUGUACUUAUGCGUCCAUGUGUAUAAGUGUGUAAUAUGAUGUGGUGUGAGUGUGUGUAAGUGUGUGUUGGUAAAGGAAGAAUCCAACAGUGUGUAUGUGUGUAUGGGUGAGCUGUGCUGUGCGCGUACACAUUCUUCCAGUGUCGUCCUGUCAACCUGUUUUGACGUUGAUUCGCCGCUAUCGCCGCUUGGCUGCGGCCGGCAGUGGUAUAUUUUUCCGGUCAAAGGAACCGCCGGAGUUUUCGUUUAGUGUGUGUGCGUGCGCGCGUGUGCGAUAGUGAAGGCGUGCAGCGAAAAACAUUUUCCAGUGCGCUGCAAAACGAUAACAGAGCAAACGAUUGAAAAGGAGCCGUCUGCCGGUCGUUGAAAAGGAUCUUGGCAAGGAUACUUUCGCCGCCUGUUCUUCCUCAGUAAUGCUGUGUUUGUCUUGCAAUCAACUCGACUCGUAUUUGUAUUGGUGUAGUGUUGGCAUGCAUUGAAUGGACUCUUCUUACCGGUGCGCGACAAGCCUUCGAUUUGCGAGUACUGCAAAGUUUCAAGGCCUCUUACCCUCAAAACCGAAUUAGGACGGUUGAACAUCAUCAUUGUAUGCUUUACGCGAAUGAUUUAUUGUGCACGUCCAUUAUCCGUCGUGGAUAACAACGCAGAACUUGUUAAUGUAGCACCUAUCAAGGUCAACAGAAAUCCCCCGGCACCCGUCAUAGCCCUUGGCAAAAUCUAAACAAAUGCUCAACAUUGGAGGUUUGGUGACCGUUCCACAGUAGCAGAUUGCUCGGCCUUGUUUUCGUCCCAGUGUGCGAGUGAAAAUGGCACGCAGAGAAGGUGACUCCAUCUCUGGCACUUGCAACGUCACAGCAGCCCUGAGCCUUACCGAUAACGAUUGUGUGGCUACAGGAGGCUUGUUCGCCGACAGAUGCCGGACGAGUAAUUAUGGUCACCGUCAUCACGACCGCACGAAAGUAGCUUAUUCUUCAGCACACCGGAUUGCCGCUGUCGUAUUUCCAUCGGGUUUGAUCGUGUUGGGAGCACAGCAUUGUGACACACCGUUUUCCAGCAACUUCUGCUAUACUUCAAGCUUUGGUGCGAGGAAUAUGUGAACCUGCGAUUGUAAAAAAGUGUGAUAAUGUGUGAUUUGUUAUCCAUUGACUGAAGGACUCUUCGUCUACCGGUAAAAAGCAAAGUAACACAUGCAUAGAAGAGUGUGUUCUAUAUGCAGCAAAGACUUGUUUGUAGCAAUAAUGAGUAAAACGCAAUACUCUCUGGAAGUUCUAGAAAGAGGGCAUUUUCCAUGCGCACAAGUGAAAGAUAAGGUUCGUGGAUAUUAAGUGAUAUCGGCACGGAAGAUAAGCGUAGGUGCAUUGACGACAUUGGUAUCACGAGCACACAGCUGUGUUAGUGUGCCAGUAGUACAUAGUCGAAUAGUAAAGUAAUUAAGUGCUGAUACUGUGUAAAUGUGCGAAUAGCCACAGCCCACAGUCAUCUGGAUGAGCAAAGGUGUAUAUGAUAGUGUACCGUAAAGCUGGGUAUUCUGAAAUUGUGUAACUAGUGAACCAGGAUACCUGUAACUGUUUUCCAAAAUGUCGUUCCUAAACAACCUGAAGAAGGUGUUCCACCUGGGCAGCGGAGAGGCCAAGAAGAAGCGCAUCUUCAACAACAUCCGCAUGGACACGGAUCCGGCCGACUUCUGGGACAUGAUCGGCGAGCUGGGCGAUGGUGCGUUUGGCAAGGUGUACAAGGCACAGAACAGGGAGACGAAACAGCUGGCUGCGGCUAAGAUGUGCACACUGGAGGAUGAGGAAAAUCUGAGCGAUCACAUGGUUGAGAUUGACAUCCUGUCCGAGAUUAAGCAUCCAAACAUUGUCGGUUUGUAUGAAGCAUUUUCGAUCGACGACAAGCUGUGGAUGCUGAUAGAAUAUUGUGAUGGUGGUGCCUUAGAUAGUAUUAUGGUGGAGCUAGAGAAACCACUCACCGAGGCGCAGAUUGCUUACGUAUGCAAGCACAUGUGCGCCGGACUGAACCAUUUACACAAGAACAAGGUGAUACACCGGGACUUGAAGGCCGGCAACGUGCUGCUAACAAUGGACGGUGGCGUUAAACUGGCGGAUUUCGGCGUUUCGGCCAAGAACAAGCACACGAUGCAAAAGCACGACACGUUUAUCGGGACGCCCUACUGGAUGGCACCGGAGCUGGUACUGUGCGAAACGUUCCGGGACAAUCCGUACGACUUCAAGGUCGACAUUUGGUCCCUCGGUAUAACGCUGAUCGAGUUUGCUCAGAUGGAACCACCGAACAGUGAAAUGUCUCCGAUGCGAGUGCUGCUCAAGAUACAAAAAAGUGAACCACCCAAGCUGGAUCAACCAUCGAAGUGGUCGAAACACUUUAACGACUUUCUAGCGCGCGCGCUCGUAAAGGAUCCACAGCAAAGACCGUCGACGGAGGUGCUGAUGGGAUUGUCGUUUAUUAGUGGUAAUCUAGACUCGAAGCCCAUCAAAGAUCUGCUGCUCGAGUACAAGGCGGACGUGGUAGAGGAGGAACUGGUGGACGAGGAAGCGGAGGAACCCCGCAAUUCUGCUCUUCCGCUCGACUUGGAUGAUGAUUCUUCUUCUCUACAGAGUCAAGAAACUGAUAAGCUUCCAGAUACACCCACGUCCCUUUCGAAGUCAUCCAGAGAUUCGAAAGAGUCGACUCCCGUUCCCACCACCGAAGAUGAUCCCAGCAAAUCGAAGAAUGGACCGGCGACGACUACUGUCGGAGCGCCAGGUUCAGCAGGCGCGGCACCGCUGGAGGCACCGCCGCCUAGUGUAGAUACAAAAACGGAAAUGAAAAAAUCGCAACCAGCGCCUUCACCCGCGCCACCGCCGGUCGUUGCUUCGCCGGUCAGUGUAGAGGGCACACCAGAAACAACCAUCAAAACAUCCUCCUCCUCAUCGAACAUUAGUGGGGGAGCGGUUAACGUUCCCACGCCGGUGUUACCUGUGCCUAAAGAAAUUGUCCCUGAACAACCAUCCACGGGAGAGCCACAUGCAGAACCACCGGGUGGAGGCAAUGAGCAGAGAAAAAUCAUGGCUGCAGGUGGAACAUCCAGCACUGCCGCCGUUAAGAAAGGACCUGCACCUCCGCCACCGCAAACGCCAACUUCUCCCACGGGACGACAAACUUCGGCGAAGCUCAUAUUCGGUGGUUCCGUGGCAAAGGAUGUCGUGCCGCCAACGCCACCAGAAACGCCACAAACACCGCCGGCGGGUGAACCGCCAGCAAAGGCUCUCGAUCGACCGGAUGCAACGGCACUAGCCGGUACAAUGCCACCACCGCCUCCGGCUCUGAUGCGAAUGGGAAGCAGUGGUGUGAUUGAAGAGCAGACGAAGUCUCCCCGCAAGGAACAUGCACCGACGCCACCGUCCGAUAAAAAGAGCCCCAAGGCAUCGACGCCGCCGGGUGCAAAGCCGACGAUAAAUGUUCACGAGCAUCCUUCGUCACCGAAGGCAAAUCAAUCCUUCGCUAUGUCUAGUACUAAUAAUGUUGCCAUUCCGAGGGCGGUGCAUCCGCCUUCAUCCCUGGUAGAGGAGGGAGGAGUUGACGAGGGAGUGAAAAUGAUUACCACCACCUCAACGCCCUCAACGGUACGCAAUCAGUUGCCUCAUCAUGCCACCUUGAUGAAUACCUCCUCAUCCUCCUCAACGACAUCCAUCACCAUCAACGAUGCGGCUGUGCUGUCUGAUCCUUCCAACAGUUUGGCAAGCAACGUGGCACAGGUGACGGUCGUCACGAGCCACCCACCGGUGAUAAUUGAUAAUUCAAUUCCAUUGCCACCGGCAGCGGCUGUAGCAGCCUCUUCUGGUACUUCAUCGUCUGCAUCCUCGACGAAGUCGUUCGGUUCGUCUCAGCAACGGCGUUCGCGUGUCAUAUCUCCCCCAGGUACGGGAGCCCAUGAUGAGGUGGUUAUCGUGUCGAAUGAGCUAAACAAAACGCACGUCAACGAAUCGUCGACCGAUGACGACUUUCAGUCGCUGGAUAGUCUGGAGAACGUUUCACCGCGGCAUCAUCCUAUGCGAACACCUUCACAGUCGGCCACAGGUGGGCGAGCGAUCGCACGAAAGCUGGACGAAAGCGAGGUGCUCAUCGUCAGCUCGGGAUAUGAUGAUCGCCGCGAAGUUCUUCUGGUGGAUGAUACAAACGCUAGUUCUCCCGAUCGGGAUGUGGAUGCGUACGGCGAUGGUGAUGUGUUCAACGCUAGCGGAAAUCUACUAAACAACAGCAGCAAGUUGUUGCUGGACACUAGUCAUGUAUCGGUGGUGACGGUUGGCGAGGAGGAGAUCAAGGUGAAGGACUCCUCGCAACAUCAUCCGCAGCUGAUCAAUAAUCCGCAUGCGUCAUCACCGCAUCAUUAUCACCACGACUCCACCAGUGAUUUGUCCAACGUUAGCUGCGGUCCGAGCGAAUCGAGUGAUGACGUCAAGGUGGACAUUGUGGUCGGCGGGCGGCAGCAGCCAUCCCAUCAGCAGCAGCAAGCUCAGCAUCCACAGCAACGAUCGCCAUCCGGUUCCUCGAUUUCGCUGCCAAGCCAAACGGGUAAAGGUAGUGCUAGUGGUGGAGGAAUUAUCAAUGGCAAUAGAUAUAAUGGUGGCAGUGAAUUCCAUCAGAGUCGUGAGGAUGUCAGUAUCAUAGUGAAUAAGCGCAAGAAAAAGUCUCGGAUUUCACCAGACAGUAGCGUCGGUUCGCUCGAAGGCGGUGGUUCGGUACGUUCCGCCAGUACGCCUAUUCAUCAGAACCAUCAUCAGCAGCACGGUAGUGCCGCAGGUGGCAUGGUGAUCGGUGGUAAUCAUCAUCAGCGGACGGGUAGCAGUGGAACGACUCCAUUAGCAGUAUCAGCGAAGCAUCAUCUGUACGAUCGAAGCGAUGCGGAAAGCAUUGCAACCACCACUAGUCACGAUAGUCGCGAGCAUGCAUCGGUCGAGCUGGAAGAAGAGGUAACACUCCGACGAAAGCCAAUGCCCUCACUAGACCUCGACGACGAUAAGGUACCUGUGUUGGCAGCUGGGGCGACUUUGUCCGGAUCAUCGACCUUGGUCAGUAGCAGUGCCGGUGGUAAUGCUUCGGCAACAGCCACGGCGGGAACUCCCGGUGCUGCUGGUGGUCCGGGCAACGGUACGGCCGGCAUUCGGCAGAAAGCUAACCGCAAUAUUAGCAAGGAGGAAUUGCACCCAAAUCUGAAAAAGAAAACGCGAAAACGAACGCGUAAAUUUGAGAUCGAUGGGGUACAAGUAACGACCACGACCAGCAAGGUGAUCUACAGCGAUGAGGAUAAUAACAAGCUGUACGACGAUCAUCUGUUCCGCAAGCAGGAGCUGCGCGAGCUCAAGAUGCUGCAGAAGCAGGAGAAGAAACAGUUCUAUGACCUGCAGGGUAAAGAAGCGAUCGCCAAAGAGCAGCAGGAGAAGAAGUUCGAGCAGGAACGGCUACAGCUAGAGCGUACGUUCGAGGCCGACAUGGACGUGCUAGCCCGUCAGCACCGGCAAACGGUGGAGAAGUUUGAACAGCAGCAGGAAGCCGAAUUGCGCAAUACGUCCAAAAAGAUCCGAGCCGAACAGGAGCGAGACCUGAAACUAUUCCGAGACAGCUUGAAGCAGGAGAUACUGUUAAAGCAGGAGGUGGAUCUACUGCCGAAGGAAAAACGAAAAGAUGAAUUCCGUAAGCGGAAAACGCAGAUGGAGUUCGAACACGAGGAGCGUGAAAAGUCGUUCCUAUCGUCGCUAUCGGAAAAUCACGAACUUGCUCUGCGGCGGAUUAGUGAAAUCUACCGCGAAAAGCUGUCCGCUACCGACAAGGGUUAUCUGCAGCAAAAGCAAACGGCGAUGAGAACCCGGGAAGCGAUGCUGUGGGAACUGGAGGAAAAACAUAUCCACGAUAAGCAUCAACUGGCAAAGCGUCAUGUGAAGGACAUUUUCAUGCAACGGCAUCAAAUGAUUAUUCGGCAUGAGAAGGAAUUAGAUCAAAUCAAACG